GGUGACAUCCAUGCCAUGGAGCGGCUUGACCGGGAGCAGAAGACCUUCUAUACCCUCCGAGCCCAGGCGCGGGAUCGGGCCACCGACCAGCUCCUGGAACCCGAGUCAGAGUUUAUCAUCAAAGUCCAGGACAUCAACGACAGCGAGCCUCGCUUCCUCCAGGGCCCCUACAUCGGCAGUGUGGCUGAGCUCUCGCCCGUAGGCACUUCAGUAAUGCAGGUGAUGGCAUCAGAUGCAGAUGACCCCACGUACGGGAGCAGCGCACGGCUGGUGUACAGUGUCCUUGAUGGUGAGCAGCACUUCACUGUGGACAACAAGACAGGUGUGAUCCGCACAGCAGUGGCUGACUUGGACCGGGAGAAACAGGAGCGUUAUGAGGUUGUGAUCCGGGCUACAGACAUGGCUGGUCAGCUGGGAGGCUUGUCGGGCUCCACUACGGUUACCAUCGUCAUUACUGAUGUCAAUGACAACCCACCCCGCUUCCCACAGAAGAUGUACCAGUUCAGCAUCGUGGAGACAGCACCCAUUGGCACUGCCAUUGGGCGAGUGAAAGCUGAGGACUCGGAUGUGGGAGAAAACACUGACAUGACAUACCAGCUCAAGGACGAGGGCGGCGGGGACAUGUUCAAGGUUACAACAGACAGCAACACCCAGGAGGCCAUCAUCACCGUGCAGAAGCACCUGGACUUUGAGGCUCAGGCCACACACACAGUGGUGCUUGAAGCCUUGAACAAGUUUGUGGACCCACGAUUUGUAGACCUGGGAACUUUCAGGGACCAAGCGAUCGUCCGGGUGACGGUGAUGGAUGUGGACGAGCCUCCUGAAUUCCGGCCACCCUCUGGGCUCAUGGAAGUACAGGAAGAUGCCCAAAUCGGCUCCAUAGUUGGUGUGGUAACAGCGCUGGACCCUGAUGCUGCCAAUAGGCCUGUCCGGUACGCCAUCGACCGGGACUCAGACUUGGAGCAGAUCUUCAACAUUGAUGCUGACACUGGUGCCAUUGUGACAGGCAAGGGACUUGACCGGGAGACAGCAGGCUGGCACAACAUCACUGUGCUGGCCAUGGAGGCUGACAACCACUCACAGGUAUCCAGAGCAUCCCUUCGGAUUCGGAUCCUGGAUGUGAAUGACAACCCCCCAGAGCUGGCCACCCCCUAUGAGGCUGCUGUAUGUGAGGAUGCAAAGCCUGGCCAGCUCAUCCAGACCAUCAGUGUAGUAGACCGAGAUGAACCACAGGGAGGUCACCGAUUCUACUUCCGUCUGGUGCCUGAGGCUGUCAGUAACCCUCAUUUCUCUUUGCUUGAUAUUAAAGAUAACACAGCAGCCGUGCACACACAGCACGUGGGCUUCAACCGUCAGGAGCAGGAUGUCUUCUUCCUCCCCAUACUGGUGGUGGACAGUGGACCGCCCACACUCAGCAGCACAGGAACCCUCACCAUCCGUGUGUGUGGCUGUGAUAGUGCUGGUGCCAUCCAGUCCUGUAACACCACAGCCUACGUGAUGGCUGCCUCCCUGAGCCCGGGGGCCCUCAUUGCUCUGCUGGUCUGCAUCCUUAUCCUGGUUGUGCUGGUCCUACUCAUCCUCACGCUGAAGCGCCACCAUAAAAGCCACCUGAACUCCGAGGAAGACGAGGACAUGCGGGACAACGUCAUCAAGUACAACGACGAGGGCGGUGGAGAGCAGGACACCGAGGCCUAUGACAUGUCGGCGCUGCGGAGCCUCUACGACUUUAGCGAGAUCAAAGGCGGGGAUGGCGGCGGGGGAGGAGGUGGUGGAGGAGGGGGUGGCAGCGGCGGGGGCGGCCUCCAGGCCAGUCUGCCGUCGGAGCGCCCCUCCCUCCCGCUUCCGCAGGGGGCCCCGAGCCCGGAGCUGGACUUCUCCCUCUUCAGAGACUUCAUCAGCAGGAAAGUGGCGCUGGCGGACGCGGACCUGUCCGUGCCACCCUAUGAUGCUUUCCAGACGUACGCGUUCGAGGGCGCGGACUCGCCGGCAGCCUCGCUCAGCUCCGUGCACACCCGUUCGAGCUCCGAGCAGGACUUCUCCUAUCUCAGCAGCUGGGGGCCACGUUUCCGCCCGCUGGCCGCGCUCUAUGCCGGGCACCGGGCAGAUGAGGAGGGUGACGCAUCCUAG